AUGGGUUCCAUCGUCGCCAAGAUCGCACCCAACAGUGGGAUCAGUCGAUCCUGGCUCCCACCUCCGUCCGCAUACGAUGCCGAGCGGGAUAUGCCCGAUAUGACCGGCCAGGUGAGCGAGGCUGCAACUCCGAGAACGGGUCAUCGCUCGAUUCGCGCGGGAGACAGUGCGGGCGACGGGUCGUUCGAGCGAACUAUGCUCCGUGCCCUAUGAGGAUGUGGCGACUGACAUGCUGGUGCAUGCGGUACACAGAUCGUGAUGGUGACGGGAGGGAAUGCCGGUAUCGGCCUCGAGACGGUCAAGCGGCUGAUGCUCAAGAACGCCAAAGUGUACAUCGCCGCGAGGAGUGAGGAACGAGUGAUGAAGGCGAUCGAGGCGCUCGAGCGGCAAACGAAUGGCCAGGGGAAGGCGAUCUGGAUCAAGAUGGAUUUGUGCGAUUUGGUCUCGUUGAAGAAGAGUGCGGAACAGUUCUCGAGUCUGGAGGAACGGCUUGAUCUGCUCUACGUUAAUGCGUGAGUGCAGCUCCAUUGGUCGGACGAGGUGACCCAUCGCCGAGACCCGGGGUUUGAGCUCAUCCGAUGGGCUGCUUUGUUCAACGAACAGCGGUGUCGCGAUGCCUCGGGUCGAUCAAUUGACCAAAGAUGGAUACGAUCUCAGUGAGCCAUGCAUCAAGAUGAUCAAACCUUAUCGGAUGGUCUUGCUGAACCCUCUUCUUUUCCUCCUCUCUCGCAGCUUUUGGUUCGUCGCCGAGGACUAGGAUUUUGCAACAUCUCGAGCGAGCGAAUUGACAAGUCUUGUUCCGCUUUGGUCGGUCACAGGAACCAAUGUUUUGGGUCACUACCACUUUGUCAAAUAUCUCGUGAGUGUCUUCCUCCCUCGGAGCUCACCAUUAGCCCCAACUCACUCAGGCUCGCCUUUCUUUAGAUUCCCUCACUCCGCGCUUCGGCCGCUUCACGGGGAAAGCCGGCUCGGAUAGUCUGGACUGCAUCCGAGGCAGCAACCGGGUGGUCGGUGAGGGAUGGCGAGAACGGGCUAUGGAAAGCCGAUAGCCUACAGGGGGGUGAGCGCAGGGAAGCUUUGCUCAAGAAGUGGGGGAGUGGGUUUGCUGCUCGAUCGUGAGUACAACGCACGCAAUGGCUUCUCGUGAUUGUGCGUGUAAAGCUGAGCUCGGUUCAAUUUGAUACAGUAAACUCUACGGGCAAGCCAAAGCUGGCAACAUCGUGCAUUGUUUCUGGUUAGGCCGGCAAUACCCAAACGAGAUCGAUUGCGUCGCCGUCCACCCAGGGGCCAUCAAAUCCGACAUCCACCGAGAUGCCAACGUCGUGAUGAAAACAGUCGCCAACAUGAUCUUGCGAUCGGUCGAGAUGGGUGCCAUGACAGGGUUAUGGGCUGGAACGAUUGCUGCGGCAAAGGACGUCCGGAAUAAGGUGAGUGCCGAGCAACUCUGGCACGCAGUCGCUCAGAACUGACCCUGUGCGACGCCUCCGCUUGCUUUCACAGUACUUUGUCCCUGUCGCUCGGCUUGUCGAGCUCCCACCGGUGUUUCACGACGAGAAGGUUCAAGACAAUCUUGCCGCUUGGUGCGAGCAACAGCUGCCGGCAGCCAAAGAAUGA